AUGGACCCCAAAGUAACAAACGAAGACGUGGAAGAAAUAAUAAAACAUAUUAAUGAGAAUAAGAAGAAUGAAGGAGAACAUCAGGAUAAAAAAAUAAAGAAGAAACAUUUUGUAUAUGAAAAUUUAUCACAAAGGUUUAUAAUAACAUGCCCUACAUAUACACAACAAUUUAGUGAUAUUUACAGUUUAAGAAUAAAAAUUAUGAAAACGCUUUUAAUGAAAACGAUAGAAGAUAUAGUAAAGAAAGAAGAAGGAAAGGAAAAAAAACAUAAUAUAAAUAAUAUAAAUGAUAUAAAUAAUGACAGUAUAAAUAAUAAUAGUAAUAAUUAUCAUGUUCUUCAAUAUUUAAAAGAAAUUAAAGUAAAUGAAAAAUGUUAUUGUAUUGGAACCAUUUUUAAAAAAAUGGAAUUACGUCCAUCCAUAUUAAAUGAAUAUCUAAGUGAAAUAAACAUAAUUGAUGAUUCCAUAAAUUAUACACAUGAUGAAGAUGUUUUAUUUUUAGAAGAUGAAACAGCUAGAUUAAAAUUAGAAGGAAAUAUAAAUAGUGAUUUUUAUAUAACAGGAUUAACAUUAAUAGUUAAAGGUAUUGGUAUGAGUAAUGGUUCUUUAUAUGUAGAAGAAAUUAUAUAUUCUUAUAUACCUAAAUUAUCUAUACCACCAUGUAUUAGUAAUGAUGAUAAAUUUAUUUUAUUUGUAUCUGGAUUAUAUAUUAAUGAAUUAAAUAAAAGUAUUAAUAAUAUAUCUUUAUUAAGAAAUUUUAUUCUAAGAUUACAUGGUGAUAAAUAUUUAUCAGAAAAUCUAAUUAGAUUAAUUAUUCUUGGUAAUUCUUUAAGUAAUAUUGAUAAUGAUGAAAAUGAUAUGAAUACAAUAGAUGUUUUCUUAUCUUCAUUAUGUUCUUCUAUACAUAUUGAUUUAAUGCCUGGUGAUAAAGAUCCUAGUGAUGCCAACCUACCACAACAACCAUUUCCUAAUCUUUUUUUUAAAAAAACAAGAAAUUUUAAUUCAUUCCAAUGUGUUACAAACCCAUAUUUAUUUUCUAUUGAUAAUAUUAAUAUAUGUUGUAUGUCAGGAGAACCUGUUCAUAAUAUUACUUCUUAUUCAAAGAAUAAUAAAAUGAAUGCUCUCAAAAUUAUUGCACAAAGUAGAAUAUUAUCUCCAACUUCUCCAGAUACUUUAGGAUGUUACCCAUUUACUAAAAAUGAUCCUUUCUGCUUAAAUGAUGAUCAUACAUAUCCACAUAUAUUUAUUAAUGGUAACUGUUCUAAUUUAGAAGUACAAUAUAUGAAUAAUGACAAAAAACAAUUACCUCUCUUAGUAUGUCUUCCAAAUUUUCACACAUCACCUAAAGCCUUCCUUAUUAACCUCAAAAAUUUAGAAUACAAAAUAUUAACCUUUCAAGUUGACCAAUAA